UUUUUUUUUUUCAUCUAUUUUUUGAAAUCAUGAAUCCCGAAUACGAUUAUCUUUUUAAGCUUUUACUUAUUGGUGACUCUGGUGUAGGAAAAUCUUGUCUUUUGCUUCGUUUUGCCGAUGAUACUUAUACAGAAAGCUACAUUUCAACUAUCGGUGUUGAUUUUAAAAUUAGAACUAUUGAAUUAGAAGGCAAGACAGUUAAACUUCAAAUCUGGGAUACUGCUGGUCAAGAACGUUUCCGUACUAUUACCUCAUCUUAUUACAGAGGUGCACAUGGUAUCAUUGUCGUUUAUGAUGUUACAGAUGAGGACUCCUUUAAUAAUGUUAAGCAAUGGCUACAGGAAAUUGAUAGAUAUGCUGCUGAAGGAGUAAAUAAAUUGUUAGUUGGCAAUAAGAGUGAUUUGGUUGAUAAGAAGGUUGUUAACAGUGAACAAGCAAAGGAAUUUGCUGAUUCACUCAAAAUACCCCUUUUGGAAACUUCUGCCAAGGAUGCUACUAAUGUUGAGCAAGCCUUCUUGACUAUGGCUAAGCAGAUUAAGGAUAGAAUGGGCUCUACUAUGCAACAAUCACAAGCUAAGACUACUGUUAAAGUUAGCCAAGGCACUUCUCUUGAACCUAAGCAGAAUGGUGGAUGUUGUUAAAUUGUCUUGGUAUAUAUAUACACAUAUAUAAUUUUUUUUUGUUUUUUUUUUUUUUUUU